AUGUUUCGCAAACCCAAGGUGAAGGGAACGACUCGAAAGCGAACGGAUGGUUGGGAUGAUAAUCAAGAUCAGGGGAACGAUGGAGAAGCCACUGCUCCAAAGAAGGACCCAGUUGUCGGAAAACCUGCUGUCGAAGAUGUAGAAACGCCGGUACCCAAACCACCAGCUCUUCUUAGUUUUGACAACGAUGAAGCUGAAAUACCUGAUUCUCGAGCUGUUUAUGAGGCAAAGAAAAGAGAAGGACGAGAUGGUAUGAUCCCCUUGGACGACGAUCAAAAGCUGGUCGAAAAAGGUGUGCGGGCAAGAUUAAUUCGUGAGGAUGAAAACGAUGAUUCUGAUGAGGAGACACCUAAGUUCUAUUCGAAGAAAGAUGUGCUUCGCGAUGAAGAGCAGCGACGUAGAGAAGAGCAGGGGCACUUUCUUGAGCAAGAACAAGGAGACGAAAGAGACGCCGAUGAAGAGGCUGAUGAAUGGGAGAAGCAGCAAAUUCUCAAAGCUGUCAGCCGUCAUACGAUACCGGAAGCGACUGACAUGGAAAUAGACAUGGAUGACUUAGUGGAGAAUUUCAAAGGUAAAAAUAUAGUAGAAGACGACAGGGACAUCUGCCUUACUAGCAAACAAAUAUACCAUGUAUCAGGAAUUACGGAUUACUGCCGCAGCCUUCUGAAUUGUCUCAAUGAAAAGGUCGCUGAAAUUAAUGAGUUGAGCGAUAAGCGUCAAGCUUUGGCUAAAUCUCGAUCUGAGCGAUUAGCACGACGUAGAAGGCGGGACAUGAGAGAUGCUUACAAUGACUGCGUAACUGCCGCCUCAGGAAAGAAUCCUUCGCUGACCAGAACUCCAGAAGUAAUGCUUCGUGUUGCUGAAAGGGACGCGAGAAGAGCCAGGAGACGCCGCGAACGAGAAGGGACGCUUGCAGGCGUUUCCCAUGAAGAGGGCCUUAGCAGCGACGACGAUGAGCCGACCAGCCAACAGCUUGCGGAUCAACAAGCAGCAGCUGAAAUUGACACCGCUCUCAAUAUGGUGUUCGUUGAUGCAUUGGACGACUAUUCACAUCUCCGAAAAGUGCUGGACAGGAUGAUUGACUGGUUUGCAGUGGAUGCAACUACAUUCCAAGACGCAUACAUUGUAUUAUGCAUUCCGAAGUUAGCAUCUCCUUACGUGAGAAUUCAGCUCAUCACUGCUGACAUUUUGAAUCGUGACGAUUUUAUUUUGUCUGCAAUGCCGUGGUACACAGAUUGCAUCAGAGCCAUACAGGAGAACGGCGAUGUUGAUCCGAAGCACGAGGUUCUUACUGGAAUAAUUCCGUCAAUAAUUGAAAAGGUUGUUCUUCCUUUUCUAACAGAUGUAGUUAACGUUGAAUGGGAACCGAUGUCUCUGAAGCAGUCUAAACGACUUGGUGCAGUUCUGAGUGGAUUAUCUGAUUACCCGAAGAUGAAUGUCGAUGAGAGCAAGUCGUUUGCUAUUCUGGCAAGUGCAGUAAAGGCAAAAAUCACGUCUGCCAUUGACGACGAUCUAUUUGUACCGAUUUAUUCAAAACAGUCCAUAAAAAAUCCAGCAACAGGAUGUGCAGCAUUUUUGGACAGGCAGUAUUGGGCUGCUAUUAAGGUAUGUUUUCCCUUCUAUGCAUUUUUGCCAAGUCAAU